AUUCCGCAAAUUGGGAGAUCAAUGCUGUAUAGGUCAACAGUUUAGGUUUACUUAUUAGAUUUUCAAGAUAUUAUAACAUGGCCUAUGAAAAAGGUGCACAUUACAAACCAAAUGAUUUUGCCAUCAUUAUUCUGACGUUUAGUUUUUAUUUAUUCCAUUAGGCUAUCCUUUUGGCUCUGUUGAUAAAAUAAUUAAAACGCGCAUAGCGAUUAGGCUAUAUAGCUAUUAGUGUUCCUUUAAGCUGACCUUUAUUACGAUACAUUUUAUUUUGAGCCUCCAUUCUUGCUGGCUGAAAUACGUGACUUAAUGCAGUGUUUUUUCUAAGUAUUCAAACUGUUGUAGGCUAUUGAGACAAAGUCACAUACAUUAAUAUUAAACACUUGGACUCAUUCGUGAAAUAAUAAUAAUUUCAGUGCAGACAGACGUCGUUUGCUCCACCCAGUCUCUUUGUUUGUUUGUUUCCUCGGGACAAUAGAGUUAAAUUGACGUCCAUUUUAAAUUCAAAUCCAAACUGUAGCUAUUUCUCUUGUGCAGUCCCUUUCCAAUCAAAUAGGCUAUUCAAAUAACAAAUAUCAUUAACUCUUUUCCCCAUAGAAGUCUAUUGAAAUAAAUUAGAGACGGACAGUAGGCUACUUACUAGUGUAAACUACUGUUGGGGUCAAGCAGAGGACACAAACGAGCUGUCCAAUCAUCAAACUGAAGCACUGUAUACGACCCCUUAACCUCUGACCUCGCCAUAUUCAACACCCUCUAGACCAUGGUCUGUUUAUUCCUUGAACGCAUGGGGUAGUAGUGGAACUUGAAUAUGGCCUAUAUUUGAAAAUUUAGGAGGAGACCAAAUCCGUAGUCUGUGUUUGUGCAUAACUUACUUUCCACGACUUAUUUGACAUAAAAUGUUAUUAAAUGUUAAAAUCGCAAAUUAUUUGCACUACAAUAACUCACCUUAAAAAGCAUCUAAAUCAUUUAGGCCUAUUAUAGAAAACACAAGCUGUGAAUUUGACUGUUUAAGCAGGUAGAAGAAAUCAAGGAUCUCAAAAAAGAUUUAAGGAUGCCAUUUAGGGAUCUAAAGUUUGUUUGCCUGUGUGUAGCCUAACUUUCACCAAGAUUAGCAGUUAUUGGUCAGAGACAACAACAGCCUUGGAUCUUAGUAUAAAGAUUGUCUGGUCUGUUUACUAUUUUGUGGAAUUUGAAAUCAGUAUGCGUGACCCUGUUUUAAAUAUUCAGAUUUCGAGAGAAAAACCUUGAAAAACUGAAAACUGAAACGCUAAGAUCCGUCAUCAUUGAUUCAGAUCUUGACAGACAGGAAAUUUAAACUUCCAUCAUGGCACCAGCACCUCACCUCUCAAUCUACCAUGCUUAAAUUUUAAUUGACUGGCUCACAUGACCUUCUUAAAUAAUAGAUACCUCUUGGUUAGAAAUAGACACAGGAGGUUCGGUCGGAUUUUUCAUUUUGCAGUUGACCGUCGACUUAGCGAGACCUCUCAGAACCGACCAGCUGCUCCUCUUCCGGUCAGUCUUCAAAACGUGGGUUUGGAGUAAGUAAUCUAAGCUUUUUGAAAUCUAAUUUUUUUGAUGUUUUAUAUGAAAAAUUAUGCAACACAUGUUUAAAGUGCAGGUUAUAUACAUAUGCUGUUUGUACUGAUGUGAACUAAACCCGUUUUCUCAACCCCGUUAUCCAACAAUUAAAUGGUGAAUUUUCUCUAAAUAUCUGAGAUUUUAUAAAAUGGUCAGAUUACAUACAAAUGUUAACAACAACAACAACAACAACAACAUAAUAAUAAUAAUAAUAAUAGCCUAAUAAUAAUGUGCCGUUCAUAAGCUACAAAAUCCCUUUAAUGUGUGUCAAUCACUUGUUUCUAUCAUUAUCAAAACACAGGGUACAAAGAAAGAUAGGAUCUUUUACUCCUAUUUUUAUUUCAUUCACGUUCAACAAACGUUAUCUGAACUCAUGGGCAGAACUAGGCAGUCAAAGAUCAUUGCCGUGCCACUGGCAUCAUUGUCAAACUGUGUUGAGCUGUAUAUGAUUAUUAGCUUUGAUAAUGACCACGGUAAAUCCAAAGGGGAAAAAAUGAUCUUCGUCGGCGUGUUGUAGUAAUCUUAGCUUGCUUCGAGGGCUCCAAAUGUCAGCAUUGAGAACAGAUUUGUUCUGUCUCCUGGCGAGACUCCACGAACCACUUAGAGUGAAAACACAGCCCUGUCUGUUGGCUUCUUUGAAAAGCAGCAGUCCACUUUGUUAAGAAAUGAAAACUAAACGGCUGAAAAACGUUUAUGCUGGUCUGCAGUUACUGAUUUAAUUAUAAUUAAUUAAAUGUGAAAAAUAAGUGAUGUUAUUAAAAUUAUAUUAAAAGACGGGGAUGAUUUGCACAUCUUAUAGGCUAUGCACUGCGAAUAGUCCCGAUUACUGUGUAAAAGUGUUCUUAAUGAACUUUGUGCUUGGGUCAGUGGGAAGUUUAGGAGGCAUGCUGAAAUGAGAAGCAAACAGACAGACCCUAGGGACUUAGGCAGGUUCGCGUUGCGUCUCGCAACACCCCAGGCUUGUUUAGUUAAAGGAGGCAGGUGAAUAGGCUACUCCUAUAAAAAGGUUUAAGCAACACAAACAAGACUGACUAAAGCGGUUUUUGAAACAUGUUUAUUCUUUUAAAAUACCUGACUUUCAUGAGUCACACUCGAUAAAGCAAACAGCACAUCACAGUAUCCAAGAAUAAAGAAUGUUGAAUGCAUCGAGUAGCGCUGGCAUCUAUACAAAGUUUUUUUUUUUUUUUUUUAUUUAUUUCCAUAUUCAUAUUGCAUGAAUAUGGAAAUAAAAUGAUAACAUAGUUCAGUUCAAUCUGCAUUAAAAAAAAAGAAAAAAGUUUGUACUCUGUCAAGUUGUGGCAACUGAGAGAACAAAGCAUUGGUGCAGGGGGAGAAGCGGUCCUGCCUUGCUGAGGUGAUUAAUUAUCUACAGGGCUUCACCACGUCUGUUGGAUGAGCUUUCAGCCUAAACACUCUGUAGCCGGAAAACAAGCACCAAAUGGUGGUAAAGAGAAGGCCCCUUUCGGGACGGGUCUUCUUUCUUUUGUUUGUUGAGGUAGACUUGAUAGAUCACUGCUCUAUAAAGAUGUCAGAAUUGUAGCUUCAGCUCCUAUGACUCUUGUAACUAAAAGUUAUGAUGUCUAAAAUAGUACCUUGUAGUAACACAUACACUGUUGCAUAUGCACAUUCAUCAUUUUCAGUACUGCAAUGUUGACACGAGCAAAUUCUAAGGUCAAAGAGAGCAGAUGCUUGGUAGGUUCCGCUGAUAACACGAACUUCCAUUGAUUCUUGUUUGACUGAUGCACCGUAUUCACCGAGAGAGGGCCACCUUGCACACACGAGUUCUUUAAAGGUAUUCGGUAACAGUGAAAGGCUAUAUUAGAUUUUUAAUCUAUGUAGUUGGUAGCAAGCAUUGGGAUGGUGAAUUUUUAAGAUCUAAUAGAGGGGGGAAAAUCAAGAAAAAUCAGAUUUAAAAAAAAAAUAAACCACAACGCCAGCUAUUGUUAUGUUGUGAAUGCGUUUGUUUCCUUUAACACUGGCACACAAGAAGACUACUAAUGUAAAGAGGUCCAUAUACUUGUGGUGUACUUUUGUAUGUUUAGCUAUAUGAUGUUUACCCCCAAAACAUCAUAUGUUCCGUCAUACAACGUUCUACAGCCAAUCACCUUGUAACGUUUCGACUAAUCUGUGAUGCACAAUUUUUUUCUGGUUAAAAAAAAGGCUAAAAAAUAAGAAGGAAAUUUUACAUUUCGACGAAAUUUCGGACACACUACUUCCAUCUCUGUGAUCCUCCUCAAAGGGGACCAACAAUAGUCUCUAUUAAUGAUUCACAGUUCAAAAAAAAGGUUUCCUUUUUAAUAGACACUUGGUCACGUGAGUGGGGCGCAUAAUAUGGUUGCAAUAUUAUGAUGAAGGGGGUGGAUGGCAUGCGAACCCCGGUCUGCUGCUGUGCUGAUAGCGCUAGCCUACUUCACUAAAGUGGGGUUGGGUCAUUGUGGACUCGCUGAAAAGCCGGAGAGAUAGGGAGAGAAAAAAAAAUAAAAAGAACGAAAGACCCUGGUACGUUUUGCGGAUGAUGUUAUACAGCUGUCAUGAACGGAUAUGUUUUUCUACAAAGAAAAAGAAAGCCCUGCGCACCACGAGGAUGGAUUUUAUUUUGAGAUCUCCAAACAAAUGAAUGUGCCCCAUCACUAAGCCGAGAGACUGUGUUUUGCUUAAGGUUCACCCGUAGAGCCCAUUGGCGAAGAGGUGUCACGUGACUACGUCGAGCCAAUGUUCUUCUACGAAGGUGUCAGGACCUUGUCAGAAAGUGAAAUAAACAUUGGGAAACGGCGAGAUGCAAAAAGCGACCUAUUGCGACGGCUCGGCAAUUUACAGUGGCUUCCCCUAUCAAAGCACAAACGGUUUAGGUUAUGAUGCCAAUCAGGAGCAAUAUCUCCAGGCCCUUCAUGUGGAAAGUGAGUACCAUCGACCGGCCUGCUCCCUGCAGUCCCCUGGUGGUUCUGCAGCUCUGCACAAACCCAGUGAAAUCUCUGAGGGCUGCCAACGGAGUAACGGGACACAAGGCCCAGUACCAGAUAUCCCUGACAACAACCAGCCCCCAACUGCCCCUUCCGGACCAUCUUCCCCCAGUGCCCUGAACCAAAUUCCGAGCAAUGAUACCACCGCCAAGAACCCAGGGCACGCAUCUCCAACGCCAACCACAAGGAAACAAAUUUUUCCGUGGAUGAAGGAAUCCCGUCAGAACACAAAGCAGAAAUCUUGUACUACCAUUUCAGUAGAGAGCUGCGCUGGAGACAAGAGUCCCCCCGGUUCUGCCGCCUCCAAGCGCGCUCGUACUGCAUACACUUCUGCUCAACUUGUAGAGCUGGAGAAGGAAUUCCACUUCAAUCGUUACCUCUGCCGCCCGCGACGAGUGGAAAUGGCAAAUCUGCUCAACUUGACGGAAAGGCAGAUUAAAAUAUGGUUCCAGAAUCGCAGGAUGAAGUACAAAAAGGACCAGAAGGGGCUAGGAAUGAUGCCCUCUCCUGGAGCACAGUCUCCUCACAGUCCCGUAGCUCUGUCAUCCGGUGGCGGAGGAGGGGGUGGGAGUGCAUAUUUAAGUUCAAUGCAUUCUCUGGUUAACAGCGUGCCCUACGACUCACCCUCUCCAGCAUCCUAUAACAAACCCCAGCCUAAUGCGUACAACCCAUACCCACCUCCUCUGAAUAACUGCCCGCCUCCUCAGAAGCGGUAUCCAGGGACUGGCACAGCCACUCCGGAAUACGACACGCAUCAUCUUCAAGGCAACAACAAUUACGGGACGCAAGUGCAGGGUAGCCCGGUUUAUGUCAGUGGUGGUGGAGGCUACUCGGAUUCUUUGGUGGGGAUGGGGGCCUCGGUAUUUGGCCUGACACAUCUACCGCAUCCACCUCAAGGCAAUAUAGACUACAAUGGCGCUAUCACCAUGGGAAACAGCCAUCAUCAAGGAACGUGCGAACCAAACCCAUGCACAUUCACAGAACUUACACCGCACUAUUCUCAGGAAAGAAUUCAGGAAGCGCCCAAACUGACGCAUCUAUAGUUCCGAUACCAUGUAUUUCUCUUCCAGUCUGCACACAUUUGUGCUCCGUCUGACUGCGUUUUUCGCCACCUACAGCUGCGUAUUUGGUUCAUAUAGCCUAGUUUUCCUGACAUAGCCUCAGGUGAAACGACCUUGUUGUUGGUUUUACUCAAUACAUAAAAAGGAAAUUAAAGUUCCUCAAAGCUCAAAUGUCGUGGCAUCAUGGGAAUAUGUAGUCCUAUUUACAUUAAGGAAAUCUGAAACAGGGUUUGAGAACAGUUUUAUGAUUUUUUUUUAACGUGAAUUUCAAAGUCUUCAAAAUUCCCCUCAGUCCACGAUUCCUUUUCUGUUUUGCAUUUUGCACUUGAGGAAGGAUGCAUAUGAACACGAUUUCUUAUUCAACAGUCUUAAUCUUAAACAGCGUGAACUCAUGUUUUUUAGGUCUUUCAAAUGUAUUUAUUUGUUUCCAUAGACAGUAGAUUGUGUUUUUGAACCCAAAUCCUUCAGAUAAUGGGUAAAAGGAAACCGGAUCCCGGGAUUCUUCCAGUCACUUCAGUGCUGAAACAAGUGCUAACAGGCUAGACUGUUUAUCAAAGGUCAAUGAGUUCCAAUAUUAAUCAAUGUAUGCGAAUGUUAAUCAUGUGUUGCUUAGAGUCGAAAGAGACUGCGAUCAGAUACUCAAACUUUUAUUUGCUCGAACAUUUUUUUUAUGUCAUACAUUCCAUGCUGCUCCACUUCUGAAGAAAUAAAAUACACUAAUUGA